AUGGGAAACUUACUUUCAAGAAGCUCCAGCGAAGACAAGGGUAGAAAGCGUGCUUUAGAUUCUGACGACUCAUCUAGUAGUCUUAAAAAAAGAAGCCGCUUUGAUCAAGAGCCCACAGUCGUUGUAAAGGAAAGCGAUGUUGGCAUUGUUGCUUAUGUCAACCCACACUUGAAGGGCUUUCAUAGUAUCUUGAAAUACAGAGCUGAAGAUUUCCUAGUAAAUGAAGUGGACAUGGAAAAGAAUAUUGUACACCUUACUUCUCUUGCACCACCCAAUACCAAGACCAAGGAGGUUUUGUAUGAUUACUAUCCCUCUGAUGUGUUUGACAAGGCAGUAGGCGAGAUUCUGAGCAAUGAUUUUGCUCAACAGUUCCGUCAAUUCCUCAAUCAUCCCGAAGACGAAGCUGCCGUCCUCACAGUCGAAACAAACAAAGAUCAGCGCGUGGAGUUUUACCAGCUCAUUGAGACACAUUUAGAGACAAAGGUCAAUUGCCGUGGUAAAGAUGGAAAGCUCGUUCUCAGAUGGCCCUCAGCAGUGCACAAUGAUGAAUUCAUUGAUUGGAAAGCGCUCGGUGGUGAAUAUUUGCAAGUCAACAUGUACAAGUCUGGCAUUGACACUAUGAAUGCUAUCAACAUCAUCUCUAGCAAGACCUUGGUUCAUGCAAAACAUUUUGGCUACGCCGGUACAAAAGAUGCCCGUGCCAUCACCACACAAACACUCACACUGAAAAGCGUCAAGCCUGGCCGCAUCAUCAUGGCCCAGGAAGAAUUGAUACAAAGCGGUAUUUAUCUUGGCGAUUUCAAAUUUGUUCCCAAAGGCUUGACACUUGGAGAUUUGGGAGGAAACCAUUUUACAAUUGUGCUCAGAGAUGUGCAAGGUGCCAAUGAGGCUGAUUUGAAAUUGUCAUUGCAGUCUUUACAAAGCAAUGGCUAUUUGAAUUACUUUGGCAUGCAGAGAUUUGGUACUAGCACUGUGCUGACACACACUGUUGGUUGUGCUAUCAUGAAGAAGGAAUAUGAAAAGGCAUCUGAUUUGAUCUUGGACCCUCGCGAGGGAGAUCGCGAAGAAUACCACAUUGCCAGAACAUUGUGGAAAGACACUCACGAUGCUGCAGCUGUAUAUGCCAUCUUCCCCAAGAGAGGCUUUGCCGAACGCAAAUUGCUUAGUUUUUACAGCAGAAAUCCCGGACAGCAUGCAAAGGCCAUCAAAGCAUUGCCCAAAAACAUGCUUUCCUUGUACUCACAUGCGUACCAAUCCUACAUCUGGAAUCGUGUCGUUUCUGAGCGGGCAAGGCUUUUUGGCACGGAUAAGCCUAUGGUAGGCGAUAUCGUGAUGGUGGAUAAUACAAAGCAAAACGAAGGCCGAUCGGAUAACAAUACUGGUAGACGCAGCUUUGCCAAUCGUCAAGUGCCCAAGAUUCUGACUGCAGACGACGUACAAAACUACUCUAUUACGGAUGUAGUUUACCCCUUGCCUGGAAAGAAGUCUGUGUAUCCUGAUAAUGAAAUCAAGGAACUUUACAAAAAAUUUAUGGCCGAAGAUGGUAUUUCCAUGGAAAAGAGAGACAAUCAUUUCGAUGGGUUGAAUGGCGAUUAUAGAACCAUGCUCUCCAAGCCAGAGCAGAUGAGCUGGUCUUUCAUUAGAUACAAUGAUCCCAACGAAAAGCUCUGCAAUACAGAUGUGGAUAGACUCGAAAACAAGGACGAGCCUGUUGGCAUUGCUGAUGGGCAAUAUUUAGCUUUAAGAGUGGAAUUCACUCUUGGUACAAGUCAAUACGCAACAAUGGCAUUGAGAGAAAUCAUGAGAGCAGAGACUUCUUCGCAAGCACAGGCUACUAUUUUCCAUAACUAA